AUGUUGAAACACAACAUUAUUGCGCUUAUUUUGUUCUUAUCGUGUACAGUGAUUUGUCACACGAUUCCCGGGAUUGACUCACUUCAUGCCCAAACAUUAGAUAAAAGAAAUGUUGAUAUUGAAGCUGUUUACGAAAAUAUGGAUAUAGAUGAUACUGAUUUCAUAUCAUAUCAUCUUCGUGAGAUUGCCAAGUUCAAUGGCACCAAGUGCGAGAACUGUAAACUGAGAAUUAGGUAUUCACAAAAUUUGCUACAGGAACAAGAAGACAAAAAACACUUGAUUUCAUUGUUGCUUUACAAGUACUGUCUAAAUGCAAAUAACCAGAGCUAUACAAAAUGCAACAACAUAGAUUUGUUCGUCACGACCGAUGCUAAAAACUUUGAAACCAAUCAAGGCUGGGAGAGCGGCACAAGUACCGCGUCGUCGCUUAACUUUUGGGAUAAUGAUUUCCUCCAUUUGCUAGCAAACUUCAACACAAGCAGUGACCUUGACUUGGAAUAUUAUUGCUUUUUCAAACAAUCAGCUUGUCCAUUGCCCAAAACUCAGGAUGUUGAAGAAUUGUACGGUGUUAGUAAUUGGUGGCCAGAGAAACAGCCCAAACACUAUUCUGAACCUCAAUACAACCAAGAAAACUUGGAACGGUUCAACGUGUUGCACAUUAGUGAUUUCCAUCUCCAACAGAGGUACCAAGUUGGUGCAGAAAGCAAUUGUACUUCUGCUCCAUGUGCUUUACCCGAAUCAUACAAUGCAGUGUUGCCCAAAUCAGACUACAAUUUUACCACUGCGUUUAAAAAGGCCAACCCCGGCAUUGAUGUAGGAGACAUAAGAUUUUCAUUUUAUCCCUAUGCACAUUAUGACGAAAACGAUCAAUAUACUCCAGGCGAAUACUACGACUACCCCAAAUAUAGAGGUUGGAACUUUAACAACUUUCCAGCAACAACGUUCGGAAGUUACUUAUCCGAUUCUCCUGAAAUCUUAUUGAAUAACUCUCUCAAUUACAUAUCCAAAGCACACUCCAACGAUAGUUUUGAGUUUGCCAUCUUUACCGGUGACUUGGUUGAUCAUGACAAAAUUCAUUGCACGCCAAACCUCACAAAGGAAGAAGAAGUAAAGUCAUUGAAAAUUAUGAAACAUUACUUGAAAAACUUGACGGUAUUGCCAGCAUUGGGCAAUCACGAUACUUUUCCUUAUGGCCAAUUGUCGCCUAUAAAAUACGAUUUCAAUAACUCAUAUGAUUGGACCCUGGAUUUAAUGGCUGAUCUUUGGGUUGGUAAUGGCUGGUUCAAUGAAACCCAAGGUGACACUAUUAGAAGCCAUUAUGCCGGCUUCUCGUAUGUGACCAAGCGUGGUCUCAAAAUUGUUGGUUUAAACUCAAAUUGUUAUUACCAAAAAAACUUGUGGUCAUACAUUAAUCUUGAACUGGAUGGUGAUAUAUUUGGUCAAUGGAAGUUUUUGAUAGAUGAAUUAGUUGAAUCUGAGCAGAGGGGACAAAGGGUUUGGAUCAUGGCCCACAUUCCAGUGAGUGACUAUGAUGCAUUACCGUUGCAAUCACGUAUAUUUGGUAAAAUUGUUGAACGAUUUUCGCCAUACACGAUUGCUGGAAUAUUUUACGGCCAUACCCAUAGAGAUAUCUUUAGUGUGUUGUACAACGACGAUGGCGAUGACAAUAAAGAACCAAUCAACAUGGCAUGGAUAAGCCAGUCAAUUACUCCCUAUUCAAAUUUUAACCCAUCAUGGAGGUAUUAUGAAGUUGAAGAUCAAAGCUUCAACAUCUUGAAUGCCUAUAAUUACUAUACCAAAUUGAACAACACUUUUAUCAAUGCUGGUGCCGAGCCAGCAUGGGAGUUUGAGUACUCUGCGCGUACAUUUUAUGACCCGCAGGAUACUUGGGGGUCGAACAAUCCCUUAAAUGCCACCUUUUGGAACAGAUAUGUGGCUGAGAAAUUGGGAAAUAAAAGUGAAAUUGGUUUCAAUCAAAAAUUCACUGAGUUGCAGUAUAGGUGGGGACCAGGCAUGCCCAAUUGUACAAAUGGUACAACCUUAUCUGACAAUUGCUAUUCUGAAAAUUACUGUGUCACCAACUUUUACAGCGACCUCAAUUACUACUGUCAAAGUUGA